AUUCUCGUAUUGUGUAAAUAGGAGGUCGGGAACGAGAAAACGACACCUGCUUUUUCAACGCCUCGAUAAGUUUCAAGCGACCCCGCGAGGGCUGUGAGCGAGGUGUUCAAUUCCGGAAUCCUCAGUGCUGCCAACGUGACAUGUCUCUACUAUUCUCCGCUUUUCAAAUGAGAAUUUAGAUACUCGGAAAGAGCGCGCUAUUGCAGAACACAAGAACGGGAAAAUGUUGUUGUUGAGUCUUCUGUGCCUUGUCAAUGCCAUAACGAAUCUGGAGGGACAUGUGGUAGUCGAUAAGAUUUUAGCCACUAUCGAGUCCGGCCAGUUCAGUUAUUACACGCUGAACAAACCUGGAAGAGUCGUUAUAACUCUGAUUCCCAAGGAAGGAGAUCCUGACUUGUACAUAGGCGAAAAUGGGAUAGAGCCUGAUUACAGUAUCGGGAACCAUUCCUACCAGAGCACUUCAUGCGGGAUUGAUCGCGUGGUCGUCCCGGUCAUCGCAAUCCGUCCCGUGGUGAUCGGAGUUUACGGUCACCCGUCGCAUGAGAAGUCAAUAUAUGAGCUACAGGUCAAGAUCGACCAAGACGCUACAGAGACCGAUAGUGAAUUACUGCUCGAUGAUGAGGACAUGAGGACGGAUUUCGUGGAAACAGAUGCUUACAGAGGCGCAUCUAAUUUCCAUGAAUCUCCCUUGCUCAACUUCCUAUCAACCGUGAUGAGCAUAAUCAUCGAUGUAUUGCUCUAGUGAUCGGAGCCGUAUUUGAAGCUUGAAUGUGCAAUGAUACCAUGCGUCGGCUGUCCGGUCCUGUUUGAAAGUUGAAAUCUCUCUUCCUUGCGAUGGAAGAGAGAUUCCAUCGAAUCUGACAAGAGCAGGGAAAAACUCGCGAUUUGAAAGAAGGGAUCGCAUCCGAGAAUGGGAUAGAGAGCUCAUCUCUUGGUGUGGUUCUCACGCGGAGCUGACGUGCAUUUUUUUCCCGAAUGUGUAGCCAAAAAUAUGAAGCGCACCGCAGUCAUCAGCCCUCGAGUCAAUAACUACCGAUGACGGUUAUGGAGGAGCAGCGAUACGGAUGAAUCCGAGAAACCAGCGAUGGAGGGGAAGUAUCCAUCAAGGCCGACUGUUUUAGACUAAUAAAAGAGG